UGUUGUCUGCCCCGCCCCGCGGAGUAAUCGAUGGGUCCGUACGCAGCCAGUCCUCGGCGCUCGGCUCGCCACGCCUGCGACGCUGCCAUGGAGACGUACGUAGCCGCAGCCCUCCUGGCCCUGCCCCGGACCUGGAGCAUCUGCGUCACCUGGGCCACGCGUGUCCGCGAGAGCCGCUCAAGAAGGCUGCUCCGCUGGAGCGUCUGGACAGGGCCGGGCAAGCGAUCCUUUUGCCAGAAGCAGGGGCGCGGGACGUGGGGCUUGCAUCCUCCCUCCUCCCAGGAACUCUGCUCCAUAGUUGAGGGACGCUUCUCGCACCAGCGGAAACCCUGGCACCACUAACCAUCCGUGGGUUAUUAAGGGACCCGCGAUUGGCCCACACGCCUCACCUUUCUACCCAGCUCAGCUGGCCACAUCUGUGAGUAGCUUCACUGAACGCUGGCCCAUCGAUGCUGCUCUUGAUGGCGAGUACCGUGAUGGGCCUGCUCCCGAGGCCCGACGGUUUCUUCCCUUUGCAGUGUCACCCUUGCUAAGAGAGGAAGACUGGCUGGAAAAGGACCUGCACCAGCACUAAGUACAGAUUCCAACUGCGUUUUGAGUGGUGUGAACAAGUCAGCCCCUGCUUCAGACUUUACAAUGCUCGUUCUCUCAGGACCCUGGAUACAUCUCCUUGAGCUCAGAAGCAUCGCAGAGGCAGUGGACACCUAACAGGCCGCCAAGAGUGGUGUGGAGUCUCCAUCAACGCUGUACAACUCUACUGUACAGAGCUUGGACCACAGCGCCAAUCUGAACCAUUUUCUGUCUGGAAUGGCUCUCACAUGGCUUCUGAACAGGGUCAGAGGUGUCUUGGCUUCCCCUGCCCUCCUGAGAUCUUGCCCAUGGGAGGUCUGAGCUGCCUACCUCCACUAUUAAGUUGAACAGCCAUCAAGGCUGUUGGCCAGCUAGUUAAAAGAGCAAAGCAGCCAGCCGCUUCUGACCUAGGAGAGCCAGGUGUGCAGGAGCCUGGGGCUGGGGGAUGAGCGGUCGGGUCCCGCUGGCAGAGAAGGCCCUGUCAGAACGCUAUGCCCGCCUCCGGUACAGGGACACUUCCUUGCUGAUUUGGCAACAGCAGCAGCAGAAGUUGGAGUCUGUACCACCUAGUACAUACCUGAGCAGGAGCCGCAGCAUGUGGUACUCCCAGUAUGGAAAUGAGGCCAUCUUAGUCCGAGACAAAAACCAGCUUGGGGUCUCUAAGGACACUGGCCAGUCUAAGUUUUGCUCAAUCAUGUAAUUCCAGGGAGAUCCUUAAUGGCUAUGAAGAUCAAGACGUGGUAUAAAAACUCAACACCCAAGAAUAUCACCCAGCUCUUUAUCAAUGGCACACUGCCGAGGCCCUGGCAAUGCUUCCAAACAAAGAGAGAAGCCAGUGAGAUGUCCCCAGCUCCUAUGAGCUGCUUACCUGAUACAGAAUGGGUCAGGUCCAGGGUAAAGAGGGGACUCUGUUCCUGGAGGGUCUCAGAUCUGUCAGUUCACUGCAGUGACAUGUGAAAAGGGGCCAGAGCUGGGGUGGCAUUCCAAAACCAAGAGUUUUAGUGACCAAUUGCUAUACAUUACUGCAUUGUGGUAGCACCCACACUGGUCUUGUAUAUAGGUGUGUUGUGUCCUAAACACCUUAAGUAAAACCCUCCAAUUUAAAGCUCCAUCUAAGUUGCCUGGGUUGAUUCCAAACUUAAUCGUGUGGGAAAGAGCAUUUGCCCAAUGGUGGAGCAUCGGGACCUCCUUUCUAUCAGGUUGCAGUGGUCUAUCACAUGUUCCACCUCAGUACACAUGGUGUGGACAGCUGGAACAUACUUGCCUAUGUAGCAGUUCAAGUGUGUGGCUAUGCAAAUUCGGGGAUGUGUUUUGUCAAAGUUGAGCCUUCUAAAUAAACGUCUUAAGACUCUA